AUGUCACCUGGCGAACCGACAGUAACGGUAGACAAUCUUGUUUUAUUUUUGCGGCAGAAUCCUCCGGCGAUUUUGUUCCGCACGGUAGCAGCCGCUGUAUCGCCAGAUCUAUCGAGUAACCCAUCGAGUAAUCCAUCGAGUAAUUCAUCGAGUAGUCCACCGAGUAGUCCAUCGAGUAGUCCAUCGAGUGUUUCAUCAGGUUCGCCCGUUUCCUCAGUAGUACCGCAAUCCUCGACAUCGGAAAGCAGCAGACCCUCCUCGACCGCGCCGCCUAGUGAUCCACUGCCCAAAAUUUCCAGCGAAAAUAUAGGAGGCGGUGCAAUAGCUGGUAUAGCAGUCGGUGGCAUUCUCAUCCUCGUCCUAAUAAUAGGUGGUUGGUACUUCUGGCGUCGUAAGAAGCAGAGGGCGCAAAAACCCACAUCCACUCUCACCGACGACGAGCUAGCGAGAAGAGAUGGUGAAGGCGAUAAGAUAAUGCUUGGCUCGCACCAGACUGCCCCAACGACCGGCGCAUAUCAAACACAAUACCAAGAGAUGUCUGGCAACAGCCUCGCUCAAGAACUCGAUCGCUCACACUCGUACAAACACGCGAUUGGAGGAGCGCAUGAGCUCAGGGCUGACGACCGACCGGGCGAACUACCAUUUGCUGGGAUAGAGGAACACGGGUCAAUGAAUGGCCUUGAUGUGGUUGAUGGAGGAGGAUCCGAAGUGACCCAAGUGCCGCAAACGAAUCGUACUGCCACGCAGGCACCGCAGGUUUCUCCACACGUAGAAGCUCAGAGACGGAGGGAAGUAGAAUGGUUAGAAGCAGAAGAGAUGAGAAUGAGACAGCGACGGGAAGCGCUUUUACAACAGAGUGGUGGAAAGACUGAACAGUAG